AUGGCGGCGUUGAGCAGCGCCGAGUCUCCUCCGCCCGUCUUCAACGGAGACACCACGGAGCUAGAGCCGGGCAGGGAGCGCGGCCUGGAGGAGCUGGGCGCCGGGCUGGACCCCUCCUGCCCGUCGGGGAUCCCCGGAGGUCCGCAGGAGGAGGAGAUCUGGAACAUCAAACAGAUGAUAAAGCUCACACAGGAACAUCUGGAGGCUCUUCUGGACAAAUUUGGAGGUGAACACAACCCUCCCUCCAUAUAUCUGGAGGCCUAUGAAGAGUACACCAGUAAACUGGACGCCCUGCAGCAGAGGGAGCAGCAGCUGCUGGAGGCCAUGGGGAAUAGUUCAGACUUCUCUUGUACCCCCUCUCCCAUGCCCGCCCUUCUGGAAGUUAAAAUGGGAGGUUUUGGAGUUGGUGGGGGAGCUCAGGUCUUUCCCUCAACCCCCAACACUUUAGCUGUCCUGCAGACUCCAACAGAUGCCGGUCGAGCCAACCCUCGCUCCCCACAGAAGCCCAUCGUCCGGGUCUUCCUGCCCAACAAGCAGAGAACAGUGGUCCCGGCCCGCUGUGGGAUGACGGUGAGGGACUCCCUGAAGAAAGCGCUGAUGAUGCGAGGACUCAUUCCAGAGUGCUGUGCUGUCUACAGGAUACAGGACGGAGAGAAGAAGCCGAUUGGCUGGGACACAGACAUCUCCUGGCUGACGGGCGAGGAGCUGCAUGUGGAGGUGUUGGAGAACGUUCCGCUCACCACACACAACUUUGUGAGGAAGACCUUCUUCACACUGGCCUUCUGUGAUUUCUGCAGAAAGCUGCUGUUCCAGGGUUUCCGCUGUCAGACAUGUGGCUACAAGUUCCACCAGCGCUGCAGCACCGAGGUUCCUCUCAUGUGUGUCAACUACGACCAGCUAGACUUGUUGCUAGUAUCAAAGUUCUUUGAGCAUCACCCGUUGAGUCAGGAGGAGGUCUCCUCAGAGGGAACCACACCGGUGUCUGAUGUCUGUCCGUCGCUUCCCCCAUCCGACUCCACCAGGUCUAUAUGCCACUCCACUGUGUCCCCGUCCAAGUCCAUCCCCAUCCCGCCUAGUUUCCGAGCCAACGAGGAAGACCAUCGGAACCAGUUUGGCCAGAGGGACCGCUCAUCCUCGGCCCCCAAUGUCCACAUCAACACCAUCGAGCCUGUCAACAUAGACGACCUGAUCCGGGAUCAGGGCUUGCAGAGGUCCAACGGAGCCCCCCCGACCCACCCUGCCCGCUGCUUGAGGAAGCACCGAACACGGACCUCAAGCCCCCUCCUUUACUCCUACCCCAAUGACAUAGUGUUUGAUUUUGAGCCUGAGCCCGUUUUCCGAGGCUCCACCACCGGGCUGUCGGCCACGCCUCCCGCGUCUUUACCAGGCUCGCUUACCAAUGUCAAAGUCCCACAGAAGUCGCCGUGCCCACAGAGGGAGCGCAAGUCGUCCUCCUCAUCCGAGGACCGCAAUAAGAUGAAAACCCUGGGAAGACGGGACUCCAGCGACGACUGGGAAAUCCCUGAGGGUCAGAUCACUCUGGGUCAGAGGAUAGGCUCCGGAUCCUUCGGAACCGUAUUCAAAGGAAAAUGGCACGGUGACGUGGCUGUGAAGAUGCUGAAUGUCACUGCUCCCACACCACAGCAGCUCCAGGCCUUCAAGAAUGAAGUGGGAGUCCUCAGGAAAACGCGUCAUGUGAACAUCCUGCUGUUCAUGGGCUACACCACCAAGCCCCAGCUGGCCAUCGUUACCCAGUGGUGUGAAGGCUCCAGUCUGUACCAUCACCUACACAUCAUCGAGACCAAGUUUGAAAUGAUCAAGCUGAUUGACAUCGCCCGACAGACGGCUCAGGGCAUGGAUUACCUGCACGCCAAGUCUAUCAUCCACAGAGACCUGAAGAGUAACAAUAUUUUCCUCCAUGAGGAUCUGACGGUGAAGAUCGGUGACUUCGGUCUGGCCACAGUCAAGUCCCGCUGGAGUGGCUCACACCAGUUUGAACAGCUGUCUGGUUCAAUACUUUGGAUGGCUCCGGAGGUGAUCCGGUUGCAGGAUAAGAAUCCGUACAGUUUCCAGUCAGACGUCUACGCCUUUGGCAUUGUUCUCUAUGAGCUCAUGUCAGGAGCUCUGCCGUACUCCAACAUCAACAACCGAGACCAGAUUAUAUUCAUGGUGGGUCGAGGUUACCUGUCUCCUGACCUCAGCAAGGUGCGCAGCAACUGUCCGAAGGCUAUGAAGAGACUGAUGGCUGAUUGUCUGAAGAAGAAGAGGGAAGAGCGUCCUCUCUUUCCUCAGAUCUUGGCAUCUAUUGAGCUUCUGGCUCGUUCAUUACCCAAAAUCCACCGCAGCGCCUCGGAGCCUUCACUAAACCGAGCCGGCUUUCAGACAGAAGACUUCAGCUUGUACGCCUGCGCCUCCCCUAAGACCCCCAUCCAAGCCGGCGGCUAUGGUGAGUUUUCUGCAUUUAAGUAGCUGCUGAUGUCCCACCCAUCCCCCCUCCUCACUUCUCAAACGUCUCGUGUGUCCCCUGCGGUGGAUUCAUUCAUUAUUGGUAAAAACUGGAUCAGUAGUCUGAAGGAAUGUGCCGUUUUCUUCCUCCGUCACCCUGAAGAAGGCUUCCUUUCCAGAGUGUUUCUGAUCCUAAGACGGCGACAUGCCAAGGGCCACAAUUGGGAAAAAGAAAACAACUCCAAGAUGGUCCGGAGGAAGUGACGAUGGCUGGGUCAGGAGACGACUGUCCCUGGAUCUCUGGAACACCAUGAUUUAGUUCCGAGAUGAGCGGCAGGUCACUCAGAAUGGGACCACGUUGAAGGAAAAAAGACUUGAAGGACAGAUUUAGUUUUUCCUUUUCCAAUUUGGAAAGGUUUUCCUUGUUGGAGGAGAGCUUUGUUUGGGCUUUUUAUGGCCUAAAUCUUGCAGAUGAUUAUAUUUUGCCUUCUCUUUGCCUCCAUAGUGAAGGAAUAACAGCUCUCCGAUUCACCAACAGAUUCCAAACUUCCUCUCACUGCUCUCUGGGGUCCCCCAGGAGCUGUUUGCUGGAAGGAUUUUUAUUUAUUUAGAUUUUUUCUGUUUUUCCAGUCCACCUUUCAAGGAUUCCGGGUUCAGAUUUGUGAUGAAAAGUUGGGAUCAGGUGAAGCUGUGCUGGCUGACAGAGAAGGCGAGAGGCUUGUGUCCCAGCUGCUGUCCAGAAGCUCCCGGCUCCUGUCAGCUUCCAGGUUACUACAGCAACGAAGCCGUUUUCCCGUUCCACCUGAUCCCAGAUCAGCAUUUCCCUCUUUUUCUUUUGUGGAUUCUGUGGCUUUAGAGCAACACUCGUGUUAAACUGGACCUUCCUGCUGAACGGAGUCCUGAAGGAUCUGAAGUUGUUUUUACUUUCUUCAGACAUGUGCACAUGGAUGCUUUUACUUUCUUUUCAUUCCAGAAUGUGUUGAGGGUUAAAGAUGUUAAUAGUUCUUCUAAGUUUCUUAUCAUUGUUGUUUGCCUUUGUCUGUACAGGCAGGCCUGCAGAUAGUUAUUUAUUUGUUUUUUCUUUUUUAUGGAUUCAUUUUCAGAAAUGCUUUAUUAGAAACUACCAGUCUUUUUUUUUAAGCUUGUUUUUGUCUCUGUGACUCGUGUACUUGCACUAUGUAGAGAAGGAUUAAAGUGAAUGAACAGCUUGCCUUUCCGUUUUAAGUGAAGAAUUCUUGAUGCUAGCUUGGUGAUGGCUCGGUGCCGGCUUGAUGCCGGCUUGAUGCUGGCUUGAUGCUGGCUUGAUGCUGGCUUGGUGAUGGCUCGGUGCCGGCUUGAUGCUGGCUUGAUGCCGGCUUGAUGCCGGCUCAGUGAUGGCUCGAUUCUGGCUUGGUCGUCAUCCUGAUGACUGCAUUGCUUGCUGAUGGUGCAUCUCCAUUGUCAAUCUCUAUGGGCCAGAUGCUUCUACCAGCCUCCAGUCUUUGUGUCUAGCAUGACACAAAGACUGGAGGCUGGUAGAAGCAUCUGGCUCCAACGUGGGGCAGUCUUAGCACUUACCACAUCCCCGGUUUUGCAUUGCUAAAUAUUUCAGUCAGUUUGUGUUUUAACCUUAUUCCCACAGCAGAUUCCUUUGUUCCAGAGUUUGAACAGCCUGAUGAGGAUCUCUGAACCGAUCCCUCACAGCAAAGAUAAGGGAGCAAUGGGGAGCUGUAGACUGAGGUGGAGACCAGAAUACUGAGUAAAAGGGAGAAAAUAUGUUAGAAGCAAUCGUGAUUCAUGUUGGCUUCCUGCAGACUUCCUGCUCUGCACCGACUGCUGGAUGCGUCCAUCAUAAAGCAGCUGUGUGUGUGUGUGUGUGUGUGUGAUUGAAAAAGCUGUGAAAACCUGCAUAGAACUGAGUCUGCAUAUUGUGACUGAAAUGGGGUUUCUCAUUCACUCUGAACAUGGCAGCGUCUUAUGAAGACAAAGUCUUAAAGUGUCCACAUGUUUUUAAAGGUUUGCAGAGCGAAGCGUUGAUCUGUCUCCGAGCAGUCGGGAUCAUUUAGUGGUUCUCAUUUCCUUAUAAAUGAAUUAAAAAAGCAGACCUUGUAGCAACCAGUGAUGUAAUCACUUUGAAUAUAAUAAAGCCAAUAAUGUAAUGAAUAAACCUAUUUUGAUUAGCAAACUGCACAAAAAAUGCUAAAAAUAAUUUGUGCUUCUAAGAAAUUCGGUCUUUAUGUAUAAUUACACUAUCAGCUUCAGGUAUUACAUUUUCAAAGGCUUUUUUCAUUCUAGGAUAAUAACCAAUAAGUUUCCAGCAAUGUAAUCAGUUAUUAUGCUAAUGAUUGCUUAAUUGUCCUAGCAUGAAAAAAUCCCGCCCUAUUAAUAAUGUAUAAAGAACACAGUAAUGUAUGAAGACUGAAUGUCUCACUAAUAGAUUUUUUUUAACAGUUUUUGUGCAGCAUUUUAUUUUAAAAGUUACUGGUUACUUCACAGCUAAUCCAAAAGCUUGAGUGAAGAGCUAAAGCAGAGUCUGUGAUGGACAACAUGUGUCAGGAGGAAAAUCUGGGCCUGAGCUCUGUGGCGGACAGAUUUCCACUCACUGUUGAUGAAAAUGAAGAUGCUCAUCUUGCAGAGGACGCUGACCUCUGCUAAACCUGGACAUCAGAUUCAUUCUGAAAAUAAAUCGAUGAAGGGCGUUCUGGUUAAUUCUCAUCAUUUAUUUAUUUUCCUGUCAUGAAGGAACAAAAAGACCAGGACAGGAAAUGUAGAGGGAAGAAUCUGGUUGUAUUUUGAGGUCUUAAAACCCGACUCGCAUGCAUCCACGCUGUCCUGUCCACCUGGGCUCAGGGGCAGAGGAUGGUUGAAGCUACACAUGAGGACAGCGUUAUCAGGCAUGCUGACUUGUAAAUCAGCUGUUGUGAAUGAAGGAUAUUUAAUAUUUUGAGCAGCUGAGCUCCGUCUGUAAAUUAAGGUAAAAGUCUGCAAACCUCAGCCAGCAUCACGGGGUUUUCCUUCUGGGAGAUGUGGAUGCUUAUUCUGUUCAGACGAUCUCUGCAGAGAUGCGUGGCUGGUGGAAUUCAGAACCAGCCGGUCCAGUUUAAACUGUGAGCUUUCUUUUCUGGGACUCGCUUCCUGGGCUGUUUCUGGAUGCGAGGAAGCACACUGUGUCGUUCAGAGUGCAGUAUUUAUUUAUUUUCUUUAGAAAUUUUCAUUUUCUAUGAGUGUUAUCACAGAUGUAUAUCUACAGAAAGCAACACUGAGCUCUAUCACCGAUGCUUCGCUCUUCAUCCCUCCUCAUCUAUUCUUUCCAUUCAGCCUUUUCUCUACUUUUUUCUUCUUCAGCAUUCCCUCUCCUGUCCUUCUGCCUGCACCUUAAACCCAACAAUUCCUUUCAACUGAGAACUAUCAUGUAAAACUUUGAAGAUUUUGUUUUUUCCACGUGUAAAUACUUGUACAAAGGAAAUACUGUCAGUUUGCAAGGAGGCAUGGAGACUACAAAUGUAACAAAUUACAAAAUGCUCAAAAUAAAGGAAAGACUGAAGGUGAUUUUGAUGAGUGUAAAAUAUUUAAGGCUGUAUCAUAAUGAGAAAGCUUAAUGUAUUUGUUGUGAAUAUGAAAAACUGAUAUAUUAAAGAAGUGCAUGAAAAGCA